GCCUCCACUCACAGCCACGGUGAAAACCAUCAGAAGGAUGAUGUCUCACUCGCUCCUGGCUUUGGCUGCCCUCUGUGCGCUCUUUUCUGUCGCAGACUCCCAGGAGAAUGUUGCAGCUGGGGUCCGUGCUACACAAUCCACCACCUUCCGAUUUUAUGCUGAUGCCAACAAUGCGAUCGAUGGGAAUCCCAAUCCCAAGUUCCGUCAUUCCUCCUGCAGUAGCACCAGAAGGCAGAAAGAUCCCUGGUGGAGAGUGGACCUGAAGGAACACUACCGCAUCUUCGUUGUGAGAGUCACCAACCGAGACUGCAAACCACAGAGACUGGAUGGAGCAGAGAUCCGAAUCGGUGAUUCCCUGGAUAACAACGGGAACAACAACACCCUCUGUGCAACGAUUGAUUCCAUUCCCAGGGGGGGGACUAAGUCUUUCUCUUGUGCUGCCCUUAAUGGUGUUCAUGGCAGAUUUGUCAAUAUCUUCCUGAGAAAAUCUCGUGGCAUUCUGACCUUGUGUGAGGUGGAAGUGUAUGGUGCCCUUGAUCCUCAGUAACUACCAGGAACCGCUACAUGAACAUUAAUCCAAAACGCUGCUCAUUUGGAGAGAGCCAUGUUGUGCUUUGAGCUUCUGCAGCCAAUCAGCUCCUGCUCCCCCCACACCCCCCCACCAGGCCACACUCUCUGCUUGAAAGUUGCUGUGAACAAGGAUGGGAACCAGCCUUUCCCAGUUUCUGUCUCCCACCCACAGUCAGUCAGUCACGGAUUUCUCCAUCAAUCUCCCUGGAACAGUCCCAGGCAACGGAGACCAUGCUCAGUGACAGCAUCAGCUGAGAAACUCUGUCAAAGAUUAUCCAGGGAGACGGAGGGGGGAGGUGACUGAGAAAAAUCUCAGACCGUCCUGACUGUCACAUGGAACAACAGCUUUAUCUGAGCACCCAGAGUUCAGACUUGAACUGGUAUUAAUGCCCACAGUCUCUGGUCACUAACAACCCAGGACUGAUUGACGAUUGACGGUCUGUAUUGUGUAAUUACACCGUUCUGUGAGAAUCUGGGAGCCACCUGGAACUUUCUGCUUUUUCUGAUUUAAAAGCCUCAAUAAAGUUGCUGCCUGCACAGGA